AUGAGCAGCGGGCUCCGGACGGCGAACCUGAUCUACGAGUCGCUCGCUUACGCAGAGGAUGAACAUUGGGACUGGUGGACAGCUCUGUCUAACGGUGUCGGUUCUUGCACGCCGAACAACUCACGCUGCUGGGACGACAUAGGAUCGGAUGGCUGGGAUGACGGUAUCAUCUACUACGACGCCAGCAACGAAACACACUAUUACGACCUCCAGCUCACCAAACGCUUCUCGGUGCUGAAGCACUUCACCAAGGGGCCCGGUCGGAUCCGUGCGUCGUACGGUCACCGCUGGCAUCGACGCGUCCGAUGA